AUGGACACCCGACCGAAGCCACAGGCCUUCCUGUCCACAUAUGCGCCGCGCAUCAGAACCUACAACAACUCUCUCCUCACACCAGUCUUGGCCAGCGCCCCCACCGGCCCAAUCUCCCGAGUAACGAAGCGCGGAACGACCAUCAUCAACUACGCCGAGGAUGGCUACGACGACAUUGACGACGACGAAGACAACAGCCGUCGCCGCCCGACUGGCCUGCGAAGCGUGAGGAGGGAAGAGCUCGCCAACAUCCAGGAUUUGUCAGACAAAGCAGGGAAGGACACGAACGAGCCCGUCGAAGUCCAGGGCAUCUGGAGAGACUGGUUUGGCAAGGGGCGCCAGGUUCGAAGCGACCAACAGAACUCGGCACAGGCCGACCUGCCCUUGACCCUCAUUCCCAUCCGAAUCGAGCUCGACAUCCCGGCUUUUGUGCCCCAAGUCCCGUUUCCUUCGGCGCCUCACACUGUCGAUACCACCCUGCCCCAGUACCGGCCGCAAGAGCUGACGCCGCCCUACCGGCUUCGCGACACGUUCCUUUGGAACUUGCACGAGACCGUCAUCACCACUGAGCAGUUUGCGCAAACAUACGUUCAGGAUCUGGACCUGCCAAACCGCCACAACACAAUGCUUGAAAUCGCCAAACAGAUCCGUACACAGCUUGAGGAAUAUGCCGGUGUUGCCCUGCACCCUUUGUUUCACGCGCAGUCGCAGUCACAGAACGCCGGCAACAAUGACGCUACCAAGGCCAGCUCGGUACUCAACCACGACGAUUCUCCCACCCCCGCCACCAGAGCCAUCAGCCGCUCCGAUACCCCAAUGCAAAACGGCGGUUUUGGAACACCGUCGAGGAUAAGGGACCUCACCUCAGCGCCAAAUGUCACCGCCAAUGCAAGCCCCGUACCCGUUGACGCCGAUGAGUACGACCACGACGACGCCUACCGAUGUAUCAUCACCCUCAACAUCAACCUGCAGUCGACCCUGUACACGGACAAGUUUGAAUGGUCUCUAUUGCAUCCGCCAGGAAUGCCAGAGGCCUUUGCAAGCCAGACAUGCCAGGAUCUUGGACUUACGGGCGAGUGGGUCCCCGCUAUCACGCACGCCAUUUAUGAAGCGGUCCUGCGUCUGAAGAAGGAGGCUUGCGAAGCAGGCGGCCUCGUGAUGGGCUGGAACGGAGCCCGCGAGUUCCCCAACGAGGCCACGGCAGGGGCCGAUGCCGGAUGGCGUUACGACCCAGAAAACUUGGCCGAUCCCUGGGAGCCAAAGGUGGAGAUCCUCAGCAAGGAGGAGAUGGAGAAGCGCGAGGGAGACCGAGAGCGACAGAUUCGCCGCCUGCGCCGCGAAACCGCCCGGUUCAGCUCAACCACCGGGCUGGUCGGUGGCGUGCCGUUCUCUGGAUUCGGUAACGUCGUCGAGGCCCCGGAAGAGGAACGCAUGGGCAGAGGCGAGCGGUCCAAGAAGAAACGUCGGUUCCGCAGUCUGAGUCCCCUGGGCCGGUCCGGUACCCCCGGCGGACGCGGAACCCCGGACAUGGGAUCCGGAUACGGCGCGGGAAGCGGACUGACGGACCAGGAGCGCUUGUCCUGGAGAUGCUGGCACUGUGCUCUGUGGGGAUCGAGUGUUUGGGCAGUGAGGCCUGGCCCUGCAGGACCGAGGUCGCUGUGCCAGAAUUGCGGGUUGAUCUACGAGCGCGACGGCAAACUCCCUCGUCAAACGAAGAACAUGCACCUCACUGUAAUCCGGACGGCAUGA